GGCGGCAGCGCUUUAUUUCCGGCAGCAGAAGGAAGACGCGCCGCCAGCCUCCGCUACCGCACCGCUUUCCCUUCGCGGAGGGGUGCCGGGGCGGGGGUGCCGCCCCCGGGCAGGUGCCGCGCGGCCGAGCCCUGGGCGGCCGCAGCGUCCUCCGCCACGGCCCGAGCGACGCUGGCGGGUGCCGUCACGGCUCCGCUUGACGGCCGCCGGGCUGGGGCGCUGAGAAGCGGCGGCGGAGGCCGACCCGCGCCCCCCGCCCGGUUUCCGGCGAGCGGCUCCGCCGGCCCGGCCGGGCUCCUCCCUUCUUCCCCGCCCGCCCCCGGCAGCUCGGCGCUCCCGCCGCCUCCAGGUGGGGCGGGCCCCCGCGGCGGCAGCCCUCCGGCCGCGGUUGCUGCCCGCUGUGGGGGACGGGACGGGGUGUGGCGGUGCCGCCCGCCCCGCUCUGCUCCCCGCGGGUGUGAAGGAGGGGCGCGGCGGCGGGCGCAGCGCUCUCACGGCGGCCGCCUUUCCCCCACGGAGCCUGGUGGGGCCGGGCCGUGCGCGCCCCACCCCGCACAGCCGCCAGCUGCCGCGGCGGCAUGAGGCUUAAGGCCGUCGGCGAGCGCGUAACAGGAGGAACGGCCGGUCCCAUGGGCCGCGGGGCUCCCCGGGCCCGACGGGUCUGAGGACGUAUUUAACCCAGCUUUUCACCCCUUACCUCCAGGUUUAUGCACUCGGGAAAUCUGAAGCAGUUCUUCGCAAACCAAACAGAACUGAUAGAUUGCCAUGUUCAUGUUGCUUGUGUUUGGAUUGCUACUGCAAGAAAUUCUGGCUAAUUCCCAAGCUGAAAAUCUUACUGAAUUCAAAAACGUUCCAGAAGAGCCGUUAUAUAGCUACAAAGCUAUCAACUUGCCAGAUGAGCAUAUUCCGUACUUUCUGCACAAUAAUCAGCAUAUUGCUGGCAUCUGUAAGCAGGACUCUCAUUGCCCAUAUAAAAAAUACUUGAAGAAACUAAGAUCCUGCUGGGGUUAUGAGAAAUCCUGCAAAUCAGAUCACAGGUUCAGUUAUCCAGUGUGUGAUUAUGUUGAAACUGGAUGGGCAAGUGACAUUGAGACAGCCCAACAGAUAUUCUGGAAACAGGCUGACUUUGGUUACGUUCGAGAGAGGCUCAAUGAAAUGAAAACCCAUUGUAAGCCUGCAGCAACAGGAGAUUCAUCUCUGACCUGUUCUCAGUACCUUCAGCAUUGCAGAGCAACAAACUUGUACAUUGAUUUACGAACUGUAAAGAGAAACCACAACAGAUUCAAAGAAGACUUUUUCCAGAAGGGAGAAAUUGGAGGUCAUUGCACCCUCGAUGUUGAAGCGUUUUUGGCUGAAGGUCAGCGCAAGAGCCCUCUGCAGUCUUGGUUUGCAGAACUCCAGACAUUUACUGCAUUAAACUUCAGGCCCCUGGAAGAUGAGAAGUGUGAUCUUGUUAUUGAAAAGCCAACGUACUUCAUGAAAUUAGAUGCAGGUGUUAAUAUGUACCAUCACUUCUGUGAUUUCGUCAAUCUUUACAUUACACAGCAUAUAAAUAAUUCCUUCAGUACCGAUGUCAACAUAGUCAUGUGGGACACCAGCUCAUAUGGCUAUGGUGACCUGUUCCAUGAGACAUGGAAGGCAUUUACUAACUAUGAAAUAAUACACUUGAAAACCUUUGACUCUAAAAGGGUAUGCUUUAAAGAAGCAGUCUUCUCAUUACUGCCUCGAAUGCGAUAUGGCUUGUUUUAUAACACACCAUUGAUUUCUGGCUGUCACAGUACAGGACUAUUUAGAGCAUUUUCUCAGCAUGUGUUACACAGAUUAAAUAUCACACAAGAAGGACCCAAGGAUGGGAAAAUUCGAGUCACAAUACUUGCACGCAGUACAGAUUACCGGAAAAUAUUAAACCAGAAUGAGCUUGUGAAUGCUUUGAAAACAAUAUCGACGUUGGAGGUCAAAGUGGUAGACUACAAAUACAAGGAACUUAAAUUUUCAGAGCAAUUGAGAAUUACCCACAACUCUGAUAUAUUCAUUGGGAUGCAUGGAGCUGGACUUACUCAUUUGCUCUUUCUACCAGACUGGGCUGUUGUUUUUGAACUGUACAAUUGUGAAGACGAACGUUGUUACCUGGAUUUGGCAAGACUGAGAGGCAUUCACUACAUCACCUGGCGAAAAAGGAAUAAAGUAUUCCCUCAAGAUCAGGGACACCACCCAACACUGGGAGAACAUCCAAAAUUUACAAACUACUCCUUUGAUGUGGAAGAGUUUAUGUACUUGGUGCUUCUGGCUACAAAUCAUGUUUCACAGCAUUCCAAGUGGCCAUUUAGGGUAAAACAUGAUGAAUUCUAAAUUAGACUUCUGACUGAAAUACUAUUUUUAAAUAAUGCUCCAUAAAAACAUUGUAACAACAUAAAGCAAAAUGCUAGUGUGAAACACGUAAACCUCUACAAGGGAAAUAAUCCAUUAUUAACUUGUCAAACCACUUCUUAGCACCAUACCUUAUCUUUAUAAUCCCGCUCUUUAAUUCUGGGAGUUUUCAAUAUGUAAAAACUACUUGUCAGAGCUCUUGUUUUUGCUUUCUGCACUGUCUUUUUGCAUUCCAAAUUCUAAAAUACUUGCCUUUGUAUAAAGAUAUGUCCAUCCAUUUCAUGUAUGAUUUCCUGGGGUAGAUACUAAUUUUAAAAUAAUUUAUGCCUACUAUUAUGUGAGGAAAUGCUAGAGAACGGAGAGUGUUACAGCUUGGUUUCUCAGUAUAGUCUCUCGGGGAAUGAGUUGGACCUGUCAGUGCUCCGCAGUUCCUGUCUUUGAGAAGCUGGAUGCUUUAUACUAUGGUCCUGUACCUGUAAGUAAAAAUUAAAAUAGGAAUUGCCUUCCUAUUGUAAGACACUGCCCAGGAUGUCAUGUGCAGCUGAGUUACAUGACACAGUGGUUCCAGGAUGGCUUUUUAGUUCCUUUUCAUCACCAUCCAUGUCAUUGCUGUGCUUGUCCCUGUAUUGUUUCUAGGUUCGAAGAUCUUCCUUUGUGUAAUAGUGGUUGUAAGAAUGAAGUGGUUAAGCGAGCUUUAACUUUUGUUGUUGGGUACAACAGAUACCGCAGACUUCUAUUUCAAGUUUAGAAAUAUUUUCAAGUUAGAGAGCAGUAUGUCUGUGUUUUUGCAUUUAAAAAUAAACUUUGACUCUUCGUCCUUUAGUUUUAAAUGCUAAAAUAUAACAGGUCUGCUCAGUAGGUUUAGUCAGUCUUUUAUCUCAAAGCAGGCAAAUCUUUUCCUAAGUGAAUACUUAAAACAUCAGAUAAUCUGGGUGUUUCCUACCCUUUCAUAUAAAACAGCACUCUGUAAUGGAAAAAAAAAAAGCAAAUUGGAAUAAAACUUGAGUCUUUUUGAGGAUGCUAAAGGGAAUGGACUUACAGUCUUUUAUGGCAAAUGAUAAGCUGUAUAGGGUGUCUUUCAGCUGCAGCUGAAAGGAAAUGAAAUCAUGAGGAACCUUGUUCUUGAAGUCAUUAAAAGCCUGAUCUAUUAAUAUUCUUGUUUUCUCAAAAUGUUGAAGAAUCCAUCUAGAAAACUUUUGAAAUUCCUUCCAAAGCCACUAGUGCAUAGCUGACUGUUUUCAGUGAAGGAAAUACUAAACCAAAGCCGAGUUCUUUGUAAAAUUCCUCCCAGAGCUGACAUGUUGGUGCUAGUGUGGGGGGAAAGGGAGUAGUUGUGUUGUCUUUAAGUGUGGCCAGAAGGACGUGUGGAAGAAUCAAGUUCAGUGAGAUAAAACCCAGAGUUCUAUGUUAAAUUAUGAAUUUUUUGAGAACAUAUUCCCAUGAUAGACUUGCAGUAUAAUCACAGUCUCAGUGACUUGAAGCAGAGCAUACAUUUGUAUGCAAAAGCAAGACAGUUACAGUAAAUGUAAACAUUUCACUGGUGUAAUUGUAGAUAUUAUUGACUUCCAUUCUCCAACAGUCAUAGGCAAUUUCACGAAGUGUGGGUAUGUUUACUGACCUGCCUGUACUGGUAAAGAUGAGUUACUGUAAGCAUAAUUUUCAUAUAGAUCUCUUGUGACCUUAAGCAGUUCAUAGGAAAAGCUAGAUAUAGCUGUUACCUUAAUAUAUCUUGUGUGUCUGGUGCAAUUCUUAGCGUAGUGUGUUGUUUUACUGAUGGAUAAAACUGUUUUGCUUUAAAGAACCAUAGAAGCAAAAUUGCACUUCUUGACAUGAGGGGGGAAAUAAACCACCCACCCUUGAGAAAUACCAUUUCUUGUAUUUGUUUGUGUUUGUGAAUUGUUUGGGUUUGGGUUUUUUUUUAACCUUGUGGGAUUUUUAAAAGAAAAAAAUGUAUAAAACUUAAGUCAGUAAAAUGUGUGAGUUCAAAUGAAACCACUUCAAAAUAAAGACAACUUUCAACUAUGAA